GUAUAUAAAGGAGAACGCAUAAACCUUCUUCUUUUUCAUUAUUCUCUUUUACACAUACAAAAAAAUAAAAAUGGAUCUUUCUUGGUGUAUCAUGUGCGACCGUCAUUGUAUUGACAAUAAUCUUUACUGUUCCGAAUCCUGUCGCUUCCAAGACAACACUGGUCAUCAUCACGACAGUAAGCCCAAAAGCAUUCAACCCGAAUUGAACAUGUUCAAAUCACCUUCGCUUGUUUCACCCCCUUCUUCACCUAUUCUUGCACCCUUUCUGUACUCUUUCCAACCUUCGUAUGAUCGUCGUCGAUCCACCUCUGCUGCCAGUAUGCAACAUGCUACCACCUCUACUUGUACCAACUACCAAUACUUUCCUUACCAAUGCACACCUAGUUCUCCUUCAGCAUCCUCACUCUUUGAUGAUGAUACGUAACUAGUUCAAUCCCAAAAUACCUUGACCUGAAAUCACUCUUUUGCUGCUUGUAAUACCUUUCUCCUCUUUUUUUUUGCAUGGCCCUGUGUCACAUACUGACCUAACCCAAAAACACCCAAAAAAAAAAAACAAAAAAAACUGACACUUUGCCCGUCUCCGAAAAGGCAUUUCCCUUAUUAUUUUAUUAUAUAUACAUAUAUUAUACAUAGAUUUUAUUCACUCUCUAUUUUUUUUCCUACUGCAUCCUAUCUCUACCUCCCCCCCCCAAAAAAAAGCAUUUCAAUUUCCCCAAAAAUUAUCAUUCAAUAAAUUUAUUAAAAAUAAUCAGUUAAUAAUCUUAUAUUUUUUAACG